AUGAAUACGCUAACGACUGUAUUAUUAGCGUUAAGUUUUGAUCAAUUUUUGGAUACACUCGAGAACACAAGUAAUGAAUAUAACAGUAAUGUUGCUAAUGUUGCCAAACUGUUUACACCGGGUGUCAAACUCUAUAGAAUUUAUGUAAUCAUUUUGUCCACAACUUCACCGAAAUGUGUCCUCAAUUCACAAAAAUGUCCCAAAACUGGCGCCUCAUUUGUGUCUCGGCUGACAUUGUUAUGGUUUACACCAAUGAUUAUGAAUGGCUAUCGGAAACCAUUGACCGACAAAGACAUGUGGCCACUGGAAACCGACAACGAGGCUAAUAAUUGUGUUCAACACUUCAACAAACACUGGCGUCCAGUAACCGAAAACAAUAUCAAAGCACCCGUCAAUAUAUUGCCAGCAAUUCUGCGGACAUACGGCCCGAGACUUAUGUUUAAUUCAAUAAUAAAACUUAUGGCAACUCUAUUAACACUCGCACAACCUGUAAUACUCGACCGAUUGAUCACGUUUUUGACGGCCAGUGACCACACAUAUGGCGAUCCCGAUUGGAUGGGCUACACAUAUGCAAUGUUACUGUUUAUCUGUCCAGUGCUGGCCUCAGUGCUUGACUCGCAGCAUGACUACUGGUCUAACGUGAUUGGGUUACGUAUCCGGACAUUAAUUACAUCCAUACUAUACAAAAAGGUGUGUUAUUUUAAUGAUCUAUUGCUGUCUAUAUUUUAUUUACAUACCCUUUGCCUCCGCCUACCAGUCCUUAAGGCUGUCGAGCAGUGGUCGCAAAGACAUCACUGGAGGAGAUCUGGUGACACUCGUGUCUAUCAACAUGAAGUUUAUCACAAAUUUUUAACAUUGUUAUGGUUUACACCAAUGAUUAUGAAUGGCUAUCGGAAACCAUUGACCGACAAAGACAUGUGGCCACUGGAAACCGACAACGAGGCUAAUAAUUGUGUUCAACACUUCAACAAACACUGGCCCCCAGUGGCAGGAAAUAAGGCCAAAACACCCAUCAAUAUAUUGCCAGCAAUUGUGCGGACAUACGGCCCGAGACUUAUGUUUAAUUCAAUAAUAAAACUUAUGGCAACUAUACUAACACUCGCACAACCGGUAAUACUCGACCGAUUGAUCACGUUUUUGACGCCCAGUGACCACACAUAUGCCGAUCCCGAUUGGAUGGGCUAUACAUAUGCAAUGUUAAUGUUUAUCUGUCCAGUGCUGGCCUCAGUGCUAGACUCGCAGCACGACUACUGGUCUAACGUGAUUGGGUUACGUAUCCGGACAUCAAUUACAUCUAUACUAUACGAAAAGUUUAUUUACAUACCCUUUGCCUCCGCCUACCAGUCCUUAAGGCUGUCGAGCAGUGGUCGCAAAGACAUCACUGGAGGAGAUCUGGUGACACUCGUGUCUAUCAACAUGAAGUUUAUCACAAAUUUUUUACCAUUAUGUGACAAUCUAUGGUUGGGUGCGGCCAGUGUACCGGGUGUGAUCUUAAUGAUACUGCUUGUGCCUAUAAACACCUACACGAGUUUACUACAGGGCCGCUACUGGGCUGAACUCGGCAAACAUACGGCCAGUCGG